ACCGACUUCCCCGCCGUGCCCGGAGAGCGUUGACGUGCUCACAGCUCAGUACUUUGCCGCCCAUGCGUACCUCUCAUCCUGCCCGAGCCCUACGAAGUACCCUAGAGCCCGUUCAGGCACGCAUCUUGUGAGUCCUCCACCUCUCCUGCGCCGGGGGACACAAUGUCCACGCUGCGCUGCGGAUAUGCUGCGCGCAACGCCGUGCCUUCCAGGGCUCUGCCGGCGCAUUGCAACUGCCUUUCUAGCCUGCCGCAGUAGAAUGACAUCGUAACAUGAAAUCUGACCAUCCCCAACGGCUGCAGGCGCCCACCUCCCCUCGCAGCCAUGCCUGCGAUGCUCGAUGAUCCGACUGCGCCGGUCAUGAUCCGCACGUCUGGUGAUGUCCCCUACUCUGCGCCGGGCGGUCCGCUACCUGUAGGCAUCGCCCCCAUCCAAGUGACACUGCGCGACCGCGUCACAACGGCGACCAUAAUCCCCUUCUCGGCGCCGAACCAGGUACCGCUCACACUGCUGGCGUACUUGUGCGACCAGCUGGGCCGCGAGAUAGAAAAAGGCGACACGUAUCCCAUGGUUGAACCGCUGCCGCUGGAGAACUUCGGUCCGUAUUGGUUCGGCGUGUUUGGUGCCAUCAUGCUGUUGGGCGAGAUCCAGGAUGGACGUGAGUUGCAUGAGAUGGCGCGGCGGGGCUGUGACUGGGAGCGUGAGUGUCUGGGGAGCUUCUAUAUCAAGCCCAAUUACCCUGGCCGGUCGAGUCAUGUCUGCAACGGUGGGUUCCUGGUCACUGAUGCAUCGCGGAAUCGCGGUGUCGGUCGCUUGAUGGGCGAGACGUACUUGGACUGGGCGCCGAAACUGGGCUACACGUACUCGGUCUUCAAUCUGGUUUAUGAGACUAACCUCGCGUCGUGUCGGAUAUGGGAUGCCCUAGGCUUCAAGCGCAUCGGUCGCGUUAAGGGGUGCGGCAAUCUCAAGUCCUACCCGGGUGAGCUCGUCGAUGCGAUCAUCUACGGUCGCGAUCUAGGUCGGGACGAUGACUUCGUGUCAGAAGAGCGCUUCGACAAGAUACGCUUCUACCUAAAGAACGGAAAGUACCCCAACGGCGCCGACAGAGCCGAGAAGAGUCGCCUCCGAAGCGCAGCAACGCACUACAAGCUAACACCAGCCACGGACGACGAGCCAGAAAAGCUCUGGCUCAAAGGUAAGGAAGUUAUAUCCGACGCACAGCGCCAGUACGAGAUCGCGCGAGACGUGCACAACAAGUCGCACGGCGGAAUCAACAAAACCACCGCCGCCAUCGCAGAACUCUACCACUGGGUGCGCAUUAAAGAGACCGUCAGCCAAGUGAUCCGCAACUGUCCCGAGUGCAGUGAGAUGAACAAGGGGCUGUCGGCCAUGCGCGCAAAUCACUCUCGAUCAUCACAACCUUCCAACGGACAGCAGCGGUACUCUCCGCCCGCAAACGAUCAACACAUUUCUCCGCCAGCUAUCACACACUUCUCGCAACACCAGGCCACAGAUCGUGCAGAUUCUCCGAGCUAUCAACUCCAACUCGAAGCGCAGCAACAACACCCACAGCAACCAACAUAUCCGCCGUCCUCGAAUGACAGGUACGAUAUGCCUCUCGACCCAGCACUCAUGCAGGGAGUGCAACAUCUGGCAGACCUGCCACCAAGCCCAUUCCUCGCUGCUAAAGGUCAGAACGGCGAUGCACAAUCAGGUGGUUUAGAUCUGCCGGAUGCACCUCCUGACACUUAUGGGCAUACAGGCGGGCCGGAGCGAAGAGCGCCGAGUGCACGGGCAGAGAUGAGGCGGAGAUUGGAUCGAGUUGCUAGGUAUGGGCGGCGGGGAGCUUGAACGGCGAAAGCAGGAGGAUUCGAAUCUAACUUAUGUUCAGUGACGACGGAACGACUAUGCGACUUCAUCAAGGGGCCUUCUGGGACGGACUGCUGUAGCGGGAGUCUGGAAGACUUGGCUCCCGCUGCUUUCGAUAUUGAUCGUCUGCUCCUCUAUAGUUUGCAGGGAUGAGUCAUCGAUGAGGUCGCUGCCGGCAUGCCAACGUGCAAACAGCUCAACGCAGCGGGUUGAACAUGCUCUGUGAAAGACCUGUCGACUCGCAUUCAUGCGGUCCACAAAGCGAUACCAGACUGGAUAAAGAGGGACACAUGUAUAUCCGCACACAUAACACCAAGAGGGAGGCAAGCAGAACAUGACAUAUUGUCUGCCUCUUUUUUGUUUUUGUUGGGCUGGCUCAUGUGUCUUCACAUACCAA